AUUUAUUUCUCCAAUUUGAACAUUCUUGAAUCUAGCGUGUAGAGAAUGAUUAAUAUACACCGAUUCGUGCAGAACCGCUUCCUUCGUACUCGACAUGCGCACCCAUUUGGAAUUGUUCUAGACAUUGAUGGUGUCUUGUUUCGCGGUCGUAACAUGUUGCCACGUGUCAAAGAAGCAUUCAGCCUGAUUACUGAUAAAAAGGGAAACUUUGUAGUUCCAACGGUGUUCCUGACAAAUGGCACGAAUAGCACGGAGAAAAACAAAGCGGCUCAGCUCAGUGAGCAACUUGGUUUUCGAGUUCCCGCUGAUAAUGUUCUCAUGUCACACAGUCCAUUGAGAAUGUUCACUGAUCUUCAUGAUAAACAAGUUCUCGUUGUUGGACAGAAAAAUGCUAGAGCUAUUGCAAAAGGAGUCGGAUUCAAAAAGGUUACAACAAUUGAUCAUCUCGUGAAAUGGUUCCCUCAUCUCGAUUGUACAGACUUUUCAAGAAAGCUCGUGGAUCCAAAAGAGACGGAAGCAGCGAGAAAAAGGUUCAGACCAAUUGAAGCUAUUGUGAUGCUCGGAGAGCCGUUGAAAUGGGAAACAUCGUUGCAGUUGAUGCUUGAUUGUGUGCUCACUUAUGGAAAAAUGGACACGAUGGUAUUCCCUCUGAUCGCCGGAGGUCGUCGUCCCGAUCACAUUCCGAUUGUCGCGUGCAACGUGGAUCUUGUUUGGAUGGCUGACGUGGCAUCACAACUUCCACGUAUCGGGCAUGGAACAUUCAUUCAUAUUCUGGAUUCAUUGUAUGAAAAGUUGACAGGACAACAUUUACAGUUUAGGGCAACACUUGGAAAGCCGACUGAGGUCAGUUAUCUCCAUGCAGCUCAUCGUAUUCAACGUCAAGCCAAAGCCAUGAAGCUUGAGGACGUUAAAUACGUCUAUGUUAUUGGUGAUAAUCCAAUGUCCGAUGUUCUUGGUGCUCGACUUUUCGAUCGAUAUUUGCGUCACGGAGGUGUUGGAAGAUUCGAUCAUUUGGACUUGGAAGCUUUCGAUGUGAAUGAUGGGGAAAAGCCCAGAGUUCGGACUAGAAAUGUUGUGGAGAGAUGUAUCUCGAUUCUUGUGGAGACUGGUGUCCAUCAGGACCAUGUGCACAUUAAUGGAAUGGUCAAGCCAAUUUCUGCACUGAUUGAUAAUCUGUCGAAAGGAGAACAAUUGAAGUUGCAGCUGCCCGAUUUUGUGGAGUACGAUCUGCACGCCGCAAUCAGAACUAUUUUGAGAAGAGAAUGUUAUCGUUAAGAAUCAUUAUACUCUGUAUUCAUCGUAAAUUACCUAAUAUGAAGCGUGUGAGAAAUCGGGGAAA